GACUCCUUCACCAUCAAGAGCGUGGACAACUCCCGAUUCGAGAGGGCUGGUCGUAUAGAUUGCCAGUCUGUCAGCUUCGACAACAUCCUGGAGCUCGAUAUAAACAACGUCAUAUACCCCGUCGCCCCUGGUGAUCAGGUGUACGUCGCCAUUACCGACAACGUCAGCGCCGCCAGCCAACCCCGCCGGUUGGCCAACGCGCUGGACCACGACCCGCGCAUUCUUGGCCGGUCGAUCAUGGACCAGUUCGAGUAUGUGUGUUGCGGAAGGGUGUACAAGAAGGACGACCACCAGCAGAAGGAGAAGAAGUGCAUGGUGUUCGUUUCCUUCGGCGGGCUGCUGAUGAAGCUGUCCAGCGACUCCAACCAGCUCAAGGAGUUCCACCUCAACGACGUCGUCUACUUGAUGAUGAGGAAGGUACAGGGUGAGCUCGUUGACGCUAAGCCGCGCGGACGUGAGGACACGAUCCUAGCGGGGUAG